CCACAUGCCCCCAUAGGCUUGUUUGCAUUUAAUUCUCCCAUACUUAUUUAGGGAUGUACUUAUAAACAAAGGGCAACUUACAUAAUAGGAAAUAUUUGAAAAUGUGUACCAUUUGAGUAACUGCUAUUUUCUCUGACUUCUAGGAUUUUAAUUUAUGUAACAGCCGAUGUAGGGUCAGUAUUUAUUGGUAGCUAAUGUAUUCGUCUGCUACAGAAAUCAGAUUGACAUCUUUAUUGUUAUUAAAGAGAUUUUGCUACGGUUGGCAGAGGUGCUCCAAAUUAUUUGUUUAACAAAGGAUUUAUAAGUACCUAGUUUGUGCUAAGCACCAUUCUUCACUGAUCAUACAGAGAUAAAAUUCCCUCUCAGAAAGUUAAAAAUCUAGAAAAGGCAGUAAGAGUAUGUGAACAAUAGAGACUUUAGCACGGGUGCUUUGAGAAUAUAAUGGCAAGUACCACUUCAGGUAGUUUCACUAGCCUCAUUUUCCUUUUAUAGAACUAUCAGUCAGCGUUUAGUCGGAGAAGCAGAACUACUAGGAUAGAGGUUUGUACGGAAUUUGACUUGGCACUGUUGUGGGAGCUACUUAAGCAUGGCUCUCUGAGCUGUUAACCUUUGUUUCUGAUGUAGGAGCUCAAAGUCCAAGAGUAGGCAGGGAAGAGGGAAAGAUGGCUGUAAAGUGGGAGACACAGGAACAGGUAGAAAUCGCAACCACAGACCAAAACCCUUGUCAUUUUUACUACCUCGGACUUUGAUGGUAUGACUUCCAGAAAAGCCUGGGUCCUUUUUCACACAUACCGUGGCCAAAGGUUAGAAAAGCUAAAGAGUGCUCCAGGGAAAGGCUGGGAAGUUGUAGGCCAGUUAACACCUGGGAGCCACAGAUCACCAACCACACAUAUGAGCUCCUAAAUAGUUGCUGCUUCACAUCUGCUCUAUAAACUUGCUGAGGGAUCGAUUGCUCACUCUAACAGAAAUAUUCAGGGAAGAGAAUUCUGGAAAGUAAUUUCGUGUAACCCACUCGACACAUUACAAACCACCACAAUAACUAGCCUAUUAAUAAAAGUCAACCUGGAUGAAUAAUACUGAAAGCAAAAAUCUAAUCCCAAGAAGUCAGUGAACAUCCAGUGAAAUGGAGAGAGCAGAAAGGUGACAGGUGAGAAAGGGAAGGCUGAGCUGGCGUUUGAAAGAGAAAGUUAGCCACAAGAGUCAGGGGUUGGGUCCAGAAAGAAGGAGUAGCAUUCAUGAUUGUGGGGAAGCUAAUGUAAGAGAGUAACAUUUUUAAAUCUUAAGUUACUCAAGUGAAAUACAAAUAGGAGUUAUAUUAGGGUCCUUAAAUGUUCUGUUUAGCAGUUAGAUUUUGUUCUGAGGACUGGGGAGCCAGUAAAAGGUUUUAAGCAAAGGAAUGACAACUAGAUUUUUGUUUCAGAAAAGGUACUGUCAACAGAAGAAGACAGUUUGGAGAGAGGCAAAGCUUGCUCAGCGGCAGGAUCAUUCUAGCCAAAAGACAUUGAAGACCUCAACUGAAGGCCUCGUCAGUGUGGUUGGAAAGGAGUGACUUCACAGAAUAGUGGCUAUUCCCAGAGAAAUGAAGGAUGGAGUCCAGGACCCACUGAGGAGGGAAGCCGAGUAAAUAUCACCACUUCCCACCACCAACACACACAGUCAGCUGUACUUGGAAAUAAAGGUGAAGACCAAAAAACCAGCCCUUCCAUGGCCAGUGCCCUGCUGUGAGUGGAUGACUCCAUGAACACUCAGCCCUGAACUUGGAUUAAGAAUGGAAGAGAAAUAAAGAUUUUGAAAGAACUAAAUGAGUUAACAACCAGCAGCACUUCACUGAAAGACUAAAAGGUAUCCUUAAGACAAGGAAAAUGAUCCCAUAGAAAAUGCCAGAAACGGGAAAAGGAAGAAAAACAGCUGUUAAAUACCUUUCAAAGAGGAACAUUUUUUAUUCUCAGGAAGACAGCAUGGGAGGAUGGAGUUCCAAACCUGAACCCAAAAAUGACAAACCAAGUUUCAGCACAACAGCUCCGACAAUUGCCUCCAGACCCUGCUCCCAGGAGCCCACCAACAUACAGCAUUUGGUCUUGGCCUUUUUUGUGGGGGUCCUGCUAACGCUGCUGCUGCUGGUCCUUGUCUUCCUCAUCGUGAAGACCUACAGAAAAUGCCACUCCAGUCCCUGGGCCCGGGAUCCUCCCUUGGAUAGUCACUCCAGCCGUGAUCCUCCGGCCAAGCUUUCAUCUCCGGAGGAAGCACUUACCUAUGCUAGCGUAGCUUUCAAAACCUUGGAAGAAAAGAGUGAACACCUGACUGAGAAACGUUCUGCACCCUUGGACACGGACAAAUUCUGGACCACAGCAUGGUCUGGUUGGAGCUGUUUGGGUGGGAUCUGGAAAUGUUAGCCGGCGGUUUUGAAGACCGAGGGGGAGUGCUUCUCUUGGCCUGAGAAGACACUGCCAGCCCUCCUGCUUGGACGGACAGCCUCUUAGCCCUUUGAGGGCUGAGACGGCCUCCCUGGUCCUCUUCCAGAGUGUGUGGUACAGAGCUCAGCGCACAAAGGGUGCUCACUUGGUGCCACUGACCAGCUUGGGAGAAGCCAGCCUAAUGGGCAAGUGAGCAGGAGUUCCAAAUAAAACCAACCAGUCUGCA